AUGGCGCCCCUAAUUCUCCACAACGUCCCAGACGACGAGCUUUACGUCGGUGACGACGGCAUCCAAAGACCUUACGCCAUGGUGUUUCCACACCAAGAGGGUCCCCGCUCGAGAAGGACAGUCCACGAGACUGGCUCCUUCGGCAAGUCAACACGUCGGUCGCGAUCCAAGACAGCAAUGCCAGCCAGGAGGGAAGAUGCUACGAUAGCCGCCGCCGACCGUGUAUUCUCCAACUACCUCGCGAACCUGAACCCCGACCAGAACCUCACAGCCGCCCAACGAAAACAGUCUCUCAUACCGUCCUCCCUCGGUGACGAGAACGCCGCGCCCACCCAACUGUCCAAGAAACACCACCCGACCGAAGUGAUACUACGCGGCUACCGCUCCGUCUCACACCAGUACGCUGCCAUCAACCAUUACGAGCAGCUCGCCGGAAGGAUAUGCGAGGACUACCCGCGCGACCCGCCGGCCGAGAACAGACGGUACAAGUCCGAGCUGCGCGACCCUCUGUACGCGCGAAGACGGCCCCUAACCGCCGAUGAGCGCGCGCUCGUCAACAAGGCCGACGGCGGCGAGCACUGGGUGAAGGUGACGUUUGAGUCCGCCGAGGCCGCCGAAGCAGCCAUAACCGCCUCUCCCCAGGCCCUCCUCGGCCACCUCGUUUUCGCCGAGCCCUACGAUGGCAUGCCCCCUGCCCGCGACGAAGCCGUACCCGACAACACCGCUUUCAUCAACAACGGCAUCACCCCCGGCGCCAACAACAACAACAACAGCCGUCGCGGCUCGUCAGGCCAGCACCAACAGCAACAACAACCACGCUCCCGCGUCGCCAUGACAAAUCCCUACACCUCCUACCUCGACAACAACCAACAGUCCCCCUCCUCCUCCCGCACUGCCGAUACCGGCACCAUCUCCGACACCUCCAGCGCAACCAUCACCUCCGCAGCCAUGGGCGCCGUAGCGGGCGCCUUCACACACGGUAUGGACUCGCUCGCGCACUCCACGGCAGGCGGCGCCCACCAGCUCUUGACGGCCGUCGACGUCGCCCAUGGGGAUAUGGACAGCGAGUUCUGCCGGGCGAUCCCGACGGUGCGCAAGGCUAGGCUCUUGCCCGUCGACCAGGCUUUGCUGCCGGCCCCGUCGUACACGCAGCGGGCGCUGAACCACGUGCCGCUGUUCAAGUGGUUUACGGGCAACAUGAUUGGGAACGAGGUGCCGAGGACGGAGACGGGGGAGUUUGAUUGGGACCGGGCGAGCUUGUACUGGAAGCUGAUGUGGUGGUUGGAUGCGAGGUUGUGGUUGUUUAGGGGCGAGGUGUUGAGUGCUGAUAAGGAUGAGUGA